AUGAAUAGUAGCACUAACUAUAAUAAAGACCAAUUAAAGUCCACUGGUCAUGGUACGGUAGACAUUCCAUGGUCAGAAAGCAGCAAAGAGUCUAUGCAAGUACGCUCAGAAGACCUCCAUAAACAUAAUAAGCAUGAAGAUAAUGUGACCAAAGACACAAACGAGCGUCAACCUGAUAGCAAGAAUCAUGCAGGAUUCGGACAUACGGUAUCACAUCAGCAUUCACCAAGAAGCAUAAAGAGAGAUUUAGAUAAUGUCUAA